AAAAAAAGAAAAAAAAAAGUGAAUGACACUGCAGACCGAGAAACGCUUGUGCCUUUAACGCACAAACUGUCCUCAGAGCUCCUCCUCCUCUCCUCCUGCUGCUGCUGCAUACAGGAAGACCAAACAGCCGUGAAGUAGCCGAGCGUCUUUUCACAAGAGAAAUGACGUGGGCUGAAAGACUGGGGAAACAGCUGGGCCGCCCGACCCGAUCAGUGGCAGGGUGGCUGGUCAGCAAGAUGCUCACGGCUCGCAACCAGGUCCUCGAGGAGAACGCCGUGCAGCUGUGUGGCAUCCAGCCAGGGGACACGGUGCUGGAGCUGGGUCACGGCCCCGGUCUGGGUCUGCAGUCAGCGGCCAGGCUCCUCACGGGGCCCACGGGCCGCCUUAUAGGGGUGGAUUACUCUGAGUACAUGCAUCAGAUGGCAAAGGAAAGAGUGAAGGAACUUAUAGCCAGUGGAAAAGUGACCUUACACCACUGUGACGUAGCUGCCAUGCCCCUGGCAGACAGCACCGUGGAUAAAGUAUUUCACUGUAAUUGCUACUAUUUCUGGCCCGACCUUGGGAAGGGAGCCAGAGAGAUACACCGCGUAAUGAAACCAGGAGCUCUGAUGGUGACCACGCUGAGGCAUAAUCAUUUGGCUACUUUGGCAGCAAAGCGAGUGAUGCCAGGGGAGAACUGGCGUCCAGAGGCCUACAUGGCAGCUUUGAGAGACUCAGGCUUCACUGACGUUCGAAUGGAAGACAAACAGGACAAAAACAUUACCUUUCAGGCUAUAUAUGCCACUGCCUUAAACUGAGACGAGUGUUCAGCCUCACUUUGAAGAUGAAUUCUGAUGUGCCAUAAUGAUAUAGGAAUGCAUUCUGUUUUCUAUGGUUGUUUUUUAACGUUUGAUUCUCCCUCAGGUUGCACCACACUAUAUGUGAACAUGCAUUCUGUUGUGAAUAAAAUUAAAUAUCAGAACUUUAA